GUUUCUAAUUAUAAAAUUUUAGUACAAUAGGUCAUAAAUAAUUAAAGUGAUUAUGAAUUGACAAUUUAUAAAAAAGAAGAAAUUUAUAACGGGACGAUUAUUGUCAAAUAAAUGUUGAUUGUCAAAUAAUGUAGACAAAAAUUUCAAUUUUAUUAUAGCUAUAAAGGUUUAAAUAUGGUGUGAAAUAAUAGACGUUGCAAAUAUACCAUUUUUUAAGUAUUAAACCUAUUUUUUAUACCUAGAUAUGCCGACCCAGAUUAUCUACGUAUUUUUAUUUUUAUCUUUAUGUUUAGGAGAAAAUAUUAAUAAACGAAAAUUUUCGAGUUUAGAAAUAGUAAAGGAUAAAGACGAUCGAGUGUUAUUAUUUUCCACUUUGGACGGUACUUUGACGGCUGUUGAACAACAAACUGGAAAAGUUAAAUGGAAAGUAAAAGAGAAACCAAUAGUUCAAGUACCAAUAAAUGUGUCUAAUGCCAUUGUGCCUAUUUAUUUACCAGACCCCAGAGAUGGGUCGUUAUAUUUGAUAGGAGACGUAAGGGAACCUUUAAAAAAAUUACCAUUCACAAUACCACAGUUAGUAUCAACUUCUCCUUGUAGAAGUUCAGAUGGAAUUCUAUAUACAGGAAAGAAAAAAGACACUUGGUUCAAAUUAGAUCCGCAAAGUGGUAAAAAGCAACUUAUCAUGGGAUGGGAUGAUUAUAGCCCUACAUGUCCUAUAGAAACUGAAAGUUUUAUCUAUAUUGGUAGGACGCAAUUUAGUUUACGAAUGGUAGAUGAAAAAAACACAGAUAACAAAUGGAAUGUAACAUUUUAUGAUUAUACAGCACGACUAAUGACUAAAGAAGAGUUGAAUAACUAUGAUUCCGUACAUUUUACUUCGGCUUCAACUGGACAGAUAGUAACAUUAAAUAGACGCAUGGGAAGCUUCCUAUGGGACAGAGAUUUAGGAAGUCCUGUAAUUGGGGUCUAUUUGUUAGAUUCCGAGGGAAUAAUGUCUGUUCCAUUUACUUCUUUAGCUAAUCACACAAUAACUCAUCUUAAAUUAGACCUCGAAGCGAAAGAUGGGAUGCUAUAUAACACAAAUCACAUGAGGCUCUAUCCAACUUUAUAUAUAGGAGAACACAUGCACGGGUUAUUCGCUUUACCGUCUCUAAUAGAUAAGAAUUACGUAUCCGUGAUAGGUACAGAUAAUGGACCGCUUUUAUUAGGAGGGCCCCACGCUCCUGAUGUAGUCCGUCCGGAAUAUCCACUUCCAGGAUACAACUACCGUUUACCGGAUGGUGCUGAUAUAAACAACAACGUACUGUUUCAAAGUUUACCCGGUUUCCAGAACCAUAUAAUCAUUUUUACCGGUCACUAUAACGUCCCAAGAUAUAGCGAACAGAAACUACUAACAGCUCAUAAAGAAUUGAUAGUUUUUAAGGAUAAUUUAGAUGAAAUAACCGAUAUAAAAGAAACAGAAAGUACUAAAGAAGAGUUAAACUAUGUACUAAUCGAUGAAAGACAAGAAGAAAUUAUUACAGAGACCCCUAAUUGGUUUAUAAAUCAAUAUAAGGGAUUAAAAUUGUGGAUAAAUCGACAGGAAAAUAAAGAACUGAAGAUUUCUCUUAUAGUAAUGGGGGGAUGCGUCAUAGCCAUGUUUUGGUAUCUACAAGUUCAAGUGCGCGAAUUUCAAAGUCAAUCGCGUCAAAAUUCCCAAUCGAAUCAACAAAGUAUCGGUAACGUGACCAAUGUGACGGCUUUAGCCGAAGAAUUACCGAACGGGACGGUUAAAAUUGGUAAAAUUACGUUUAGUCCCGAUCAGAUACUCGGGAAAGGGUGUGACGGUACUUUUGUGUACAGAGGCGAAUUCGACAGCAGAAGGGUGGCCGUUAAGCGUCUAUUACCGGAAUGUUUUACGUUCGCCGACCGUGAAGUGGCUUUAUUAAGAGAAAGCGACGCUCAUCCGAACGUUAUACGUUAUUAUUGCACUGAACAAGACAGAAUGUUCCGAUAUAUAGCACUGGAAUUGUGUCAGGCCACUUUAACCGAAUAUAUACAGGGUACUUGCGAUAUAUGUCAAAUUGGUCCGCUGGAAAUUUUAAGACAAGCCACGUCUGGUUUAUGUCAUUUGCAUUCGUUAGAUAUCGUUCAUCGAGAUAUUAAACCUAGAAAUGUAUUACUAUCUGUACCAGAUAAUAAAGGACAAGUAAAAGUGAUGAUAUCUGAUUUUGGUCUUUGUAAAAAAUUACAAGUAGGAAGAGUUUCAUUUUCUAGACGGUCUGGAGUCACUGGGACUGACGGAUGGAUAGCACCAGAGAUGUUGAACAGUACUAAAAGAACUACUUCGGCUGUUGAUAUGUUUUCUCUCGGUUGCCUAUACUAUUACGUCCUAUCGAAAGGUAGACAUCCUUUCGGAGAUAAUUUACAAAGACAAAGUAACAUUUUGUUAGGUAAAUAUGAUCUAUCAGAUAUAAAAGGACCAGAUUGGAAAGUGAACGUACAGAUUCAUCUUAUAACCUCUUUGAUAUCUGCUGAACCAGAAUUGCGACCAAAUUGUAAAGCUGCAUUAGACCAUCCCAUGUUUUGGAAUUACGACAAUAUACUGCAUUUUUUUCAAGAAGUUAGUGAUAGGAUAGAAAAAGCAGAUGGUAAUGAAGAAAUUUUAAACGAAUUAGAAGCAGAUAGUAACUAUAUUGUUAAAAGUAAUUGGAGAGUACAUAUCCACGAAGAAGUGGCAUCGGAUUUGAAAAAGUACAGAUCCUAUCAAGAAAAUUCGUUAAGAGAUUUAUUACGUGCCUUAAGAAACAAGAAACAUCAUUUAAGGGAGUUAUCAGUAGAAGCUCAAAACAUCCUCGGAAAAGAUUCCAAAACGUUUACGACAUAUUGGCUCGACAGGUUUCCUCUGCUGUUAAUCCACACUUGGAUGAUUAUGCAGAACGUUGCGGAGGAACAACAUUUUAAAAAAUUUUACCACACCGCUUACAGAUACAAUUUAGAAACCUACAAGGAUCAAAUGUUGGAAUAUAUAUCGAAAAAUCCUCUAGAUUUACAAUUACUAGAGCAAAAUCGUGAAAACGAUAUUAUUAGAAAAGAGAAAAGGUGUAGAACUGGAGUACAAGGUAGUCCCAGCAAAAAAUCGGAGUUGGUUAGAUCCGGGGGACUUUACAGGAAUUACGAUGAUGUUAAUGUUAAUAGAAACAUUGUUAGGAAUUACCAACAGAAAAAGAAAAAAAUUAAAAAAGUAGAAGAACCUCUAACGUGGGCGGUUCAAGAUUGAACGUCUGUUUCAAACAAACUGUGAUAUUUACAUUUGUACAAAGAUUAACGACAUUUUUAUUUUACUGUAUAUAUUUUUAUAAAUUAAUAUAAGUUUCAACAUAA